AUGUUGAAAUUAUUCUAUAGGGGGUUUAGUUCCUCAGCCAGAGCGUUUGAUCGACACGUAGUGUAUCUGACUUUAUUUUCGAAGAACCAGUGUGGACUAUGUGAUAAUUUUAAAAAUAGCAUGAGGACGCUCUUGGCAAAAGAGGAGUUCGUUGAUAGACUUCAUUAUCGUAUAGUAGAUAUAGAUGAACCGAGGAACAAGGAAUGGUGGGACAAUUACUGUUUUGAUGUACCGGUUCUUCACAUCGAAGAUGCCAAUAGCGAGUCCCUGUACAAGGUAUUCCACAGAUUCAACGACAAGGAUGUAAGUAAUAAGAUAAAAUUGCUCCUAUGA